AUGGGAAAAUAAGAACUUAAGGCAAUUGAAUGCGAUACAGAAAAGGAUCAGCAAAAAGAGGAAGAAGUUCAAGAAUAAAAUAAAAAAGUUGUUUCUUCCCGUAAAAAUAUAAGAAAAGCCAAAUGGAAAUAUAGAUGUGUCAUGUAUCCUACCAUACAAUAGAAUUUUUGCUUUUAUUUAUAUGGAUCAUUGAUUCUUCACUCUGAUUAUAAUCCAGUUAAUGUAUUUUCUUCAGACACAAUGGAUCUAAUCCAAAGACAUUAAUAAGUAGAAAGCGUUAUUAUUAACAAAUAAGUUGGCGCUAUUGAAAUUAAAUAUAAUAUUAUAAGUCCUGGAAUUCUGGAUUUUGCCUUCUUAGUUAAACACUUUGAAAAUAAAUAAUUACAGUCAUUUUAUAAUUUCGCACAAAGUCUCAAGGAUUUCAAAAUAUUUGUCGAUGUAAUCAACUAAAAAAUUAUUGACAAAAAAAAAAUAUUGAACAAGAUGCCAAAGGUAUUGGAUAUUAUGGAUUAACAAUAUUUCUAAUUUGAGAAAUGGGCUAACGAUUUGAUUGAAAAACAUUUUAAAGAUGAGUUUUUUUCGUAUAGCUUAUAUUAAUCAAACUACAGAAAAGGCUACGCUGAAUUGAAAAAAUAAGUUUCUUCACACAACACCAUUUCUCUCUACGGAUAAUCAAUAAGUGAUGUUUAUGAAGCCGAAAUAUGCAAAAUGAAGAACAAAUCAGUUUAGUUUGAAAAAUACUAAGAUUUCAAUAUAGAUUUAUUGAUGGAGUGUUUAACCUUUAUAAUCGGAGCUAAUGCCAGCUAGCAAUCAUUUUAAAAAAAAAAUCUCUAAAUGAGCACCAUCGAAGGGUUUUAAUUACCAGUAACUAUAGAAAUUUAUAAAUUAAAGUUUUAUGACUACAAGAAAAAUGAUCCAAACUUCCACUUUGUCUCUGAAUAUGAUUACAUGAUGAUAAUUAAUGUAGUUAAAGUUGACGAUUUGUGGCUUAAGAGACUAAUUGAUAUCAGAAAGGAAUUGGAAAAUUAUAAAAAACCUAAUAAUCAGCCUUUUAUGAUUGAAGCAUCAUAAGAAUUCAAUCAUAUAAAUAGUUUACUUUUCAAAGAAGAAGAUAAUGAAAUUUUAAGAACUGUGAAAAAAAAUAAUUCUUUUAAUCAUAUGCAGUUUGAAUCGUUUGAAGAUGCCAUGGAUUCAUCUUAUAAGGUAAAUGAGGGUUUAAUCAGCAGUUCCCAUAUAAGUUCUGUUGGAGUUAAAAGUGAUAAUGAAACAAUUAAUACAGAUACAUGCGAAUAUUUUACUCCUGAGGUAAUCGAUUUAGCUGGAAAUAAAGAGCAUUAAGAAUAUCUAAAUAAACAAAUAAUGUAAUUACAAUAGAAGGAUUAAAUUGCUCAAAACUUAAAUACAUUCUUUUAGCUAAAGCAAUAAGAAAUAGAGCUAUCUAACAUUGAGUAUAGCUGCCAAGUUGAAUAUUUUUUGGACAAAUUUUAUUCUUCUGACAAAGAAGAUUAAAAAUAAUGUCAAUUCAAAGUGGUUUGA